AUGGGGCAGGGCAGUUCUUACAUGCUUAACACCUACCGCUGCAGGCCUUUUAUAGCCACAUUCAAAAUUGCAGAGUUGCUUCAGUGUGGUGCCAUCUUAAACCAUAAGGUGCUUGUCCUUUCCUGUGGAAUCACACUGUUCUGGAGCAGUAUUUUCAGUGUUGGACACUCCUGGGAAGGGCCCUUGAGUCACUCCUCAUCAGAAUGUUUUUAUUAUCCAAGAAAAGAAUCGGCUGUGGUCUGCAGACAUAUGCAAACAAAUACUGUGCAGCAGGAAGUAGCUGCAAUGCUAGGUGUGGAAGGUAAUUGA